AUAACCAUGAUGCUCCAGGCGGCUGUGCUCAGUGUCCUCUUCUUCUCUGUCCACAGUUUUACUAUACAGGCUUCUUUUGCAAAGUGCAACACCACUGAAGAUGACGAUUUCAGUGUGUCCACGCUGUUGCAGAAGGCCAAUGUUAAUCUUGGAAAGAACUUUGAUGACCCUCUGGUGUUAUUUGGAGACAUAGCAGUACCAACAGGUCUACAGAACGCUGAUCCCUGCACAGCACGAGGCUGCCUGUGGCCUAAAGCCUCCGAUGGCAACGUCUAUGUACCCUACCGCAUCUCCAACGAGUACUCCACGCGAGAGAGAAAAAUCAUAGUCCAAGCCCUGCAGUCAUUUGCUCAGUGCACUUGCAUCCGCUUCACCCCCUUGACUAACGGACAGGAGGACUUUAUUGACAUCCAGUCUCGCGAAGGGUGUUACUCAUUUGUUGGACGUCGUGGUGAUGGCCAGGUACUGUCUUUGAAACGUCCGGGCUGUGUUUACCACCAGGUCAUCCAACAUGAGCUGCUCCACGCCCUGGGCUUCAACCAUGAACAGACUCGGUCCGACAGGGACCAGCAUGUUCGCAUCCUGCUGGAGAACGUCGAGCCUGGCAUGGAGCACAAUUUCAGGAAGAUCGAAACAAGGAACCUUGGCACUCCCUAUGACUAUGGCUCUAUCAUGCACUAUGGAAGGUAUGACUUCUCUAAGAACUGUCAGCCAACCAUCAUUCCUAUCCCUGACAACAACGUAGCCAUUGGCAGAGCCACCCAGAUGAGUCCUACUGACAUCCUUCGGGUGAACCGCCUGUAUGGCUGCAAAUCGACUGCUUCCAGACGUCACCUGAAACCUGUGCAAAGAAAGCGCUUCCUCUAG